AUGGAAGAAAAAUUGGCUACUUAUACCGACGUUAAACGGUGGAUAUCGAUAUCGCAGAAAUUUUUUUUCUAUUGUCUAUAUCCAUAUUUCUUUUCCAGACAAGUAUUUCUUAGCAAAGCAUCGCUGGUUGAGGUCCAGUCUCCUACAAUAAUAUGUGGAGAUAUUCAUGGUCAAUUUGCAGAUGUUCUUCGAUUGUUUGAUCGAGGUGGUUUUCCGCCGAUGGUUAAUUACUUCUUCCUUGGUGACUACGUUGACCGCGGCCAUCUAAAUCUUGAAUGCAUUGCGCUGUUCUUCAGCUACAAGGUCAAGUAUCCGAAUAGCUUCUUCAUUUUGCGAGGAAACCAUGAGUGCGCUCCGAUUAAUCGAGUUUACGACUUCUUUGAAGAAUGCAACAGGCGCUGCAAUAGUACUCGAUUAUGGCUCGGUUUUCAGGAAUCGUUCGCAACGAUGCCAUUCACCGGACUAGUGGCUGGCAAAAUUCUUUGCAUGCAUGGUGGCUUGUCUCCCAAGUUAAAAUAUCUGGAUCAAUUGCGACAAAUCACUCGCCCCAUUGAUCCCUCAAACGCAUCGCUGCACAUCGAUCUCUUAUGGAGUGACCCUGAUCACUGCGUUAAGGGUUGGCAAGCGAACACUCGAGGACUUUCGUACGUAUUUGGGCAAGACAUCGUGCACGAAAUGAUUUCCAUUCUAGGCAUCAAUCUAGUCGCCAGAGCACAUCAGGUCGUACAGGUUGGCUAUGAAUUUUUUGCGAAUAAGCGUCUGGUAACUCUUCUCUUCUUCAUCUUCUCAGCACCGCACUAUUGUGGGCAAUUCGAUAACGCUGCAGCCAUGAUGAAUUUCGAUGAGGGACUAGUGUGCUUAUCUCAGGUAGCGUAA